AUGACAACGUCCAAACGGUCCAAACGUUUGAAACGUUUGCAUCGGGCUAAGUCCGACUGGGACCCGGUGGCCAGCGAAUUGAGAAUCGUCUGGCAACUUUACAUGGUCGUUGCGAAUGAUCAUUUGGACAGCAUGACCAAUCCUCCGGAAUCAGAUCGCAGUCGGAGUGCUCGAUGGUUGGUUCCAUUUUGCUUGGUUUUAAUUCCUCUCUGGGUGAGUCUUGUCAACAAGGCUGACCCAGAACCUUACCUCGACGAAGUCUUCCAUGUCCCACAAGCACAAGCAUACUGGGCGCAUAAGUGGACGCAAUGGGAUCCGAAGCUUACAACACCACCGGGCCUGUAUUUGUGCUCAUACACCAUCUUUGCUAUUGUAUUGCUGCUACGCGGGUCCCCGACAAAGCUCACUCCGGAUGUCCUGCGCAUGACGAAUGUUGGUGCGACAACAGUUAUUCUCCCCUGGAGGCUGCAAAAAUUGCUUGAUACCUUACAGAAAGCGAAAAAUACUCGGCCGCUGGGAGCGAAUGUGUCCCAUACCGUGCUGAACAUCUGCUUGUUUCCCCCGCUAUUCUUCUUCUCUGGUCUGUACUACACAGAUGUUCUCGCUUUGCUGGUUGUCGUGGAGGCAUACAACUGGGACCUGAAGAAAGAUUCAGAGAGAGAUCAUAAAAGUGAGUUGGGGGAAGACGCGAAAAGAGCGCCUAGCAAUGGUAUCCAGGAGACAUUGGGAUUCUUGGCUUUCGCGCUGGCUGCACUGGUCUUCCGACAGACCAAUAUCUUCUGGGUUUCGGUUUUCCUAGGUGGACUUCAGGCCAUCCGCAAGAUUCGAAAGUCUGCCACGCCGUGCAUGUCAUCCAACCUGUCGACUAUCCUGAAGCAAGGUCUGCAAAAGGAGCUGUAUGAUCCUCUCGUUUCGGAGGCUUCCUUGGAAGAUUAUCUGAAGACCGCUGUUUCACUUGCAACUGUCGGCCUGAAGCAGCCUUUUUCUCUCCUUGUUUCUCUCAUCCCUCACAUGAUCGUCCUUGGAGCCUUUGGUGCAUUUGUAAUUUGGAACAACGGGGUCGUCCUAGGCCACAAGGAGUUUCAUACCGCGGGUAUCCACCUGGCUCAGAUGCUCUACAUCUGGCCGUAUUUCACCUUCUUCUCAUGGCCUCUUUUCGUCAUUCCUCUGAUCAACAUUCUCGCCCCCAAGCCACUCCCACAAUCUCUAAACCUCGGCUUCCCGCCGAAACAGAGGAAAUAUCCCAAGCUCAAGGCAGCACUGAUUGUGAUCCCACUUAUGCUUGCCGUGGUCCACUUCAACACUAUUGUACACCCCUUCACCCUCGCUGAUAACCGACACUAUGUGUUCUACGUGUUCCGUAUUCUCCGACUCCACCCAGCAGUCAAGUAUGCUGCAGUCCCAAUCUAUUUCCUCUGCGGAUGGGUCGUGAUCUCCGCCUUUGGAUUUACCACUAUUCAACGUCCGCCCAAAACCCUUCGAGUUCAAAAAUCUGCCCCAGCUGCACCACCGGCCCCGGCUCUAGCCCCAGCCCCAGCCCCGGCAACUGAAGAGCCCAAACCCACUAGGUCUUCUGUGAGAAAGCCUGCACCGGCGCACCAACAGCCUCCAAAGGGAACAAAGAAGCCCAACCCGCCCAAUAUCAAGAAGACUAAGAAGCCCGAGCCACCAGCAGAGCUCAGUAGGACUGUGCCACCGGCAGAUAUUACGGAUCCAAAUGAUCCCGCGAUCUUGGCUAGAGUCCAACAACACAUCCUCACCCGGCAACGAGAAUUGUUGGAGGCGCCGCGCGUUAGCUUCGUCCUUGUUUGGCUGGCCGCUACUUCCCUGUCUCUCAUCACAGCACCCCUCGUCGAACCCCGCUACUUCAUCAUCCCGUGGGUUAUGUGGCGUGUGCAUCUUCCUCCUCUGCCAUGUCUGUUCAGGGACCGAGAAACUCGCCCCCGCACAGAGGAAGCUAAGCGCCGCUCUGAUUUCAUUAUAAACACACCAAAAUUCGUGGAGACAGCCUGGUUCUUGAUCAUAAACUUGAUCACUGGGUAUGUCUUCCUGUACAAGGGCUUUGAGUGGCCACAAGAGCCUGGCAAGACUCAGCGCUUCAUGUGGUGA